UGCAAAGUCAUGGUGUUCUGAUACUCUUGUUCACAGACACGGAUUGAAAAAAAAAUCUGUUCAUGUAAAUGUUUCUGGAUGUACUUGAUUCCAAACUGCAGCUCACGAACCGGAAUCAAAGAUGAACUGGGCGACGUUUUAUGCCGUCAUCAGUGGCGUGAACAAGCACUCCACGGGCAUAGGCCGCAUCUGGCUCUCUGUUCUCUUCAUCUUUCGCAUUCUGGUCCUGGUGGUGGCAGCAGAGAGUGUGUGGGGCGAUGAGAAGUCCGGUUUCACCUGUAACACCCAGCAGCCAGGCUGCAACAGCGUCUGCUACGACCACUUCUUCCCCAUCUCUCACAUCCGCCUGUGGGCUCUGCAGCUCAUCCUGGUGUCCACUCCCGCCCUGCUGGUGGCCAUGCACGUGGCCCACCGCCGCCACGUCGACAAGAGGGUUUACAGACUGUCAGGGAGGACCAACCCGAAAGAGCUGGAGCAGAUCAAGACCCAGAAGAUGAAAAUCACUGGCGCCCUAUGGUGGACGUAUGUCAUCAGCCUGUUGUUCCGUGUUGUCUUUGAGGUCAUCUUUAUGUAUGUGUUUUACAUGAUCUACCCUGGAUACAAGAUGAUCCGUCUGGUCAAGUGUGACUCGUACCCGUGUCCGAACACAGUGGACUGCUUUGUGUCCAGGCCCACAGAGAAGACAGUCUUCACGGUGUUCAUGCUGGCCGUGUCAGGCGUUUGUAUUCUGCUCAACAUUGCAGAGGUGGUCUUCCUGGUGGUGAAGGCCUGUAGUAAGCAUUUGCACAGUGUUGGAGAAUCAACUAUGGGUGCCUGGAUUCAACACAAACUCUGCUCAUUCUAACAAAACACUGGGUUUAUACUUGCAUAAAGGAAUAUGACAGUGACAUACUGUAUAGAUCCAUGCACAACUUAAAGGGAUAGUUCAUGUUUUUUUAAAGUGUGGUUGUAUGAGGUACUAACACAAGCUACCUUGCAUUUGCCACAUACCAGCUUGAGACAUUCAGUACAUUUUAAUGCACAAUUACAUCGACCUACAACUGUAGCUGCUCCCAUUAUAGACACUAACAGGAUGUGUCCACCUCCACUCUGCUAGGUGGUAGUCUGAGUCAACCCAGCUCUGCAGACACGAUUGGUAAGGACCAACUUUCAGAACCUCCUAAAAAUGGGAACCAAUCACAAACCCCUGUCGCACUAGAAGCAGGCUUAACACAAUGAUGACAGAGAAGCUGCAUCUAGCAGCUUUUGUAUACAUCCAACAUGACGCCUCCCGAAGAGCAGCCGUCUUUCAAUUCGGGCAAAAAGUCAUUUGACAGCAUUAAUAGAUAGCUAUCGCUCUGCAUACGUCAUCCAGAUCAUGAAGCUGAUUGGUUGUAGGUCUAUCCAAUUGUGUAAAUAUGCAUUUUGAUCUACAUCCGUUGGUCACGCCUCUUGAAAGUGGGAGGUGACUACACCCUCAUACUCAGUUAGUUGGUACCAUGAUGAGCACCAUUCUAAGUCUUCCUACAUAC